AAGUUCAGCACCUAAAUCAUGUUUCUUUCGACGAAACCUUUGAAGUGGGACUAUCCUAUUUGUCCAAGGAUAACCACUAUCGGUAGAACGGGGUGUGACAUUAUUAUUGACAACCCCACGGUUGAACAGCAGCAUGCAGUUAUAGAAUAUGAUCCUUCUGAUGGUUCACUUGUCCUAAGAGACUUGUCUUCCCGUAAAGGGACAUUUGUAAAUGAUCGAAGAGUAAACGGAAUUGUUAGUAUAGCCAAAGGAGACAAACUGAGAUUUGGGUGCUGUCCUUUGACGUUUGAGUUAUCUACUCGAAAGAAUGCAUGCGAGAUACUCAGCAGGUGAAUCCUGACACUGAAGAAGGAUCAACAGAUUCAAUCCCUCCAUGGAUGAAAGUGCGUGACUAUUCAGAUUCAAGUCAAACAUAUAAGUUGCAGCACAACUCAAAUGACAAAUCUAACAUCACAUGUCCUCAAGCUGAUGAAAAUAGCAUCGAUGUACGUCUAUCCUCAAGACAAUCGGACAGACAUUCGAGCAAUAAUGAAACCAAAACAAGUCCUCUCUUCUAUGUCAAAGCAAGUGCUUCAGACGACAAAUCUAACAUCACAUGUCCUCAAGCUGAUGAAAAUAGCAUCGAUGUACGUCUAUCCUCAAGACAAUCGGACAGACAUUCGAGCAAUAAUGAAACUAAAACAAGUCCUCUCUUCUAUGUCAAAGCAAGUGCUUCAGGCUCUCCAUUGGCUAAUUCUCCUCCGAAAUCAUUAACAACAACAAGUGAUUUGAAAAGAGAAGAAUUAAGUUCAGAACAAAAAGAUAAAUUCAUUGAACAGCUACAAGAACGAAUCAAUCAUCUUACUCCAUUAGAAGCAAUCAUUGCACAGAAAGAUACAUUUAUUAAACAUUUACAAAAACAAAUCUCCCAGUCGAAUCAAACUAGUCGACGGUCGCUACGUCAUUCUGGUAGUACAACACCAAUUAUGACAUCUGACAAUCUGUCGAAUGUUUCAUCUGUACAUGAUAAUCAGAUACAAUUAGAUGAUAGUCUACCGAAUAUGAUUAUUCAACCAAUUCAACAAAUUUCUCCUCAUCCACUUGAACAACAAGAGCAACAACAAGAGAACCGAUCGAUCAGAUCACGUACUACUACUACUACUACGACUACUACUACUACUACUACUAAUACUACUGCUAUUACUACUACUACCGGUUCAGUCACCAUAACCAAUGCGGAUUCACAUUCGAACGACAAUUGUUUGUCCAAUCAUCAUCAACAACAACAACAACAACAACAAGAUGAGAAAAGUGAUCAUGUUGGUAGUAUCGGUCGUAGUGGUGGAAAUGGUAGUAGUAGUAGUAGGAGUAGUAAUAAUAAUAGUACUACAACUACUACUAGUACUUGUUGUACACAGUUAUUAUUAGAGAAAACACGUAGAGAACGUCAAAUAUUAAGUGGACUUGUUACUCAAUUGCAAAAAGAUUUAACUAAUAAAGAUGUACAAAUUAGUCGAUUAAAUAAAGAAAUCAAUCAAUUGAAAAGUCAGCUGUUAGAAAAAGAUACAAUUAUUGAAGCAUUGAAUAUGAAAUAUGCUAAAUCUCAAGAGAAGAAACAACUGGAUUCAGAGAAAAAACAAUAUGAAAAAGAAAUCGACAGCAUUCGUCAAAAGUAUAAAACUGCUGAAAAACGUUGUCAUUCAUUACAAGGUGAAUUAGAUAGAAUGGAAAUCGAUAAUCGUAAACUUAGUCAAGAUUUUGAAACGAAAUCCCUGAAUGAAAAUAAAUUACGUCAAGAAUCAGAAGAAAUGCAAAAGAAAAUCAUGGAAAUGGAACGUUCUGUUCGAAUACAUCAACUUGAUAAAUAUGAAGCUACUGGUGAGCUCGAACGUUUACGUUCACAAUUAAUGCGUAUUGUAUUCGCUGUUCUACCUGAAAAGGCGCUAAUAAGAAGUUCAAUUUCUGAAGUCAACAGUCAACCUAUUGAUAAUGCCAGUGAAUUAUCCAAUUCACCGAAAUUGUCAUUUCAUGAAAAAUUGGAUUCUAGUCAAACUAUUAUAAAUCAAAAUCAACAAUUAAUCGAUCAUGUACAAUUUCUAGCUGAUGAAUAUAAACGUUUACAACGUGAUAUGAAAGAGACUAAUUCAAUAGAAGAGAAAAUUAAACAACGUAAUAAAGAACUUGAAAAAGAAUUAGAUCAAUUCAUUGAUGUUUAUACAGAAUCUCAACAAAAUAUGAAAGAUACACCGAGGUUACGUUCAUCAUUACGAUUGAAACAACAAAUGGAAUUAUUAACUGCUUAUGUUCCGACAAGUGAAAUUUUAAAACGAUUACAACUAAUCUUGUUGAAUGAUUUACAAGAUCAAGUGAAUACACAACAACGUCUUGAAGAUUGUACACAAGAAGCGGUUGGAGCAAUACAAUCACAAAAUACUGAUAUAAAUAUAGUUAUUCGUCCAGAUGAUUUAAUUAGCACCAUAAGACAUUUAGCUGAAUUAACAUCAACAAUGAUACAACAGAAAAAUGGUUUAUUAAAACAAUUAAAAACGAAUGAAUUAGAACAUGAAGAAGAAAUGGUGAAGACGAAAUCAUUAAUACAAAAUGAAUGGAAAAAUUUCAUGGAUGAUAAAAUGGCCAAAUCAAAUUAUGAAAAUGCAGAUAAAUUACAAAAAGCUGUCGAAGAAGUUGCACGUGUAGAACGAAUGAGACAAGAACAACUAUUAUCUGAUAAAGAAGCAAUUAUUGAAGAACUUGAAAAUAAAUUACGUGAAACUCGUCAAAUUUUGGCCGAAAAACAAACUACUCAUGAAAUGGAAUUAAAUGAAGCAAAAGAAGAAAAUGACCUUGUGUUAAGAUUAAAACAAGAAAAUGAAUUGAAAGAUAAUCAAUUACAAGAAUUGAAAUCACAAUUAGAUCAACAAAAAUUGGCUGAAUUAACAUUACGUGAAGAAAUUGAAAAACAAUGUGAAUCACGUUGGAAAGCAGAUUUAGAUAGUAAUAAAGAACAAGUACAACAACAUUCAAGAACAAUAUGUGCUAUGCAAGAGCGUCUGGUCAAAAUGGCGAAACAGUUAAAUGAAUCUAAGAAUGAAGUGAUCAAAUUAAAACGUAAUAAUUCAGACUUACAACAUGAUCAUAAACAAUUACAAACUCGUCUAACUCAGGCUAAUAGCCAUAUUCAAUCUGCACGUACCAACAAAACAUCAGCACGUUCGUACGCUGAUGCAAAUAAACGUCCUUCGACCAGUUCAUCAAUGCAUGAUAAUGCAAGUGCAAGAUUAGUUGAUAAAUUAAGACUUGAAAUAUUUCAAUUAAAAACUACCAUUAAAGACCAAAAAUCUAUCAUUGAAGUUCUACGUUCGGAUUUAGAAGGGACACAAGCUCAAUUAAGUGAUUUAAGAAGUGAAUUAACUGAAGCCCAAAAGGAAGAAUUGGAAAAUGCAUUGAAUUCUAGCCGAAAAAAUAGUUUAGAAUUAUUUAAUACUAAAACACAAUUGAGUAAUUUAAAAGGUUCAUUUAAACAAUUAAAUAAAGAAUUACUGGAGAAAGAAGAGGAAAUAAAAAAAUUAAAAAAUAUGAUCGAAGAAUUCAAUAAAGGCAAAUAUGAAUAUGAGUGUAAAAUAAAACAUUUGCAAGAUACCUCUAAUCAUGAAAGACAGAAAUUUGCUGAUUAUCGUGAACAAAGUAGUGCAUCGUCCAAACUUACACAAGAACUUAAAGAUUUGGGCAAUCAGUGUAAAGGUGAAAGACAUCUAGAAAUUAUUGAUCAACAAAAAGAAGCAAUCAAUCAACUAAGACAACAAUUACACGAUCAGUGUAAGGAUUCAACAUCGAAAGGAAAUACAGAAGAUGAUGAAUUAAUUCUACAGAUUUCUAAACUAAAACGUAGUAAUGCUGAACUACGUAGUAAGGCACUUCUUGCUGAAGUAGUACCAUCAGUUAAAGUGCUAACAAACAAAUUUACUGUUGCAUUGAAUGAUGUCAGUAAUGAUAGUGAUCAAGUGUCAAUGGAUCAUAUUGGUUUGAGAAAUGCAAUGGAUGCUUUGUUUAUUUCAGAAGAGUGUUAUAUCAAUGUAAUUCGUUCAAUAUCAAAUCGUUUAGAUAUGCAUCAAGUACCCGAUCAACGAUCACUUAUACAAGUACCAAAAAUAGAAAGAGAAACAAUUAUGAAAGAACGUCAAAAUACCAUUGAUUUAUUAUCACAUAAAAUUGAAAUAUUAAAAGAUCAACUUCAUCAUAAAGAACAUUUACUUAUUGGAUAUGAACGUGAUUUGAAUCUGUUGAAACAAGCUGAAGCGUUGGCAGAAGUAAAAGCUGAACAAUUAGAUCGAUUCGUCAAUGAAUUAUACUCGAAAGAAACAGAAAUCCAACUAUUACGUCAUAGUUUGGAAAUAACACGUGAAGCAUUAUUAAAUGAACGAAGUAUAGCAUCCUCACUGAGAAAUUGUAGAAAUUCCACAUCAUCAACAUCAGCAACAAUAUCUAAUGUUAGUUCAAUCAGAGUAAAUUCUUCACAGAAGAAACAAUCUCGUCGAUUAAGCGAUGAACAUACGAACAAGGAACGAACUCAGGGGAAAUCUAAUCAUGAGAAUUUGAAACGAAAAGAUUAUGAAUUGGGCACAUUGGAAAAUAAACUAGAUGUGUGUGAUGAGAAAACUUCAAUUCAUAUCAGAUAAGAUCAUGAAAUGCGAAUACCAAUAAAAGUAUUCAAAGUUGAAAUCAUUCAAAAUCUUAAUUUUUUGCUGAUAUAUUCUAAG